AGAAGCCGAGGCGCCUGCUAGGGGCCGCGCACCGUGGACUGAGCAGGCAUCAUCUCUGGGAGCACUUCUGCAGACCGAAGGCUUCGGUGUGAGCCAUUUAGCUCUCCCCGCGACCGCCCGGACCUCCCAACCGUCUCCGCUGCCCUAGCCUCCGCGCCGUGGGGCCGGGAGCGGCUGGGAUCCUCGCCAGCCGUCCGGAGCGCGAGGCUCGCACGGCCCCCGGCUGCCCCGCGCCUCGCCGGAGCCCGAGGGGGCGCGGGUCCGGGGCGAGGGCCGACCGGGCGUGUUUGAUGGCUUCACUGAGAAGAGUCAAAGUGCUGUUGGUGUUGAACUUGAUUGCGGUGGCCGGCUUCGUGCUCUUCCUGGCCAAGUGCCGGCCCAUCUCGGUGCGCAGCGGAGACGCCUUCCACGAGAUUCGGCCGCGCGCCGAGGCGGCCAACCUCAGCGCGCACAGCGCCAGCCCCAUACAGGAUGCGGUCCUGAAGCGCCUCUCUCUGCUCGAGGACAUUGUCUACCGGCAACUGAAUGGUUUAUCGAAAUCCCUUGGACUCAUUGAAGGUUAUGGUGGGCGGGGCAAAGGGGGCCUUCCUGCUACCCUUUCCCCGGCUGAAGAAGAGAAAGCCAAGGGACCCCAUGAGAAGUAUGGCUACAAUUCCUACCUCAGUGAAAAAAUUUCACUGGAUCGUUCCAUUCCGGAUUAUCGUCCCACCAAGUGUAAGGAGCUGAAGUACUCCAAGGAGCUGCCCCAGAUAUCCAUCAUAUUUAUCUUCGUGAACGAGGCCCUGUCGGUGAUCCUGCGGUCAGUUCACAGCGCGGUCAACCACACACCGACCCACCUGCUGAAGGAAAUCAUCCUGGUGGAUGACAAUAGUGAUGAAGAGGAGCUGAAGGCCCCUUUGGAGGAUUAUGUCCACAAACGCUACCCUGGGCUGGUGAAGGUGGUGAGAAAUCGAAAAAGAGAGGGCCUGAUCCGAGCUCGCAUCGAGGGUUGGAAGGUGGCCACCGGCCAGGUCACCGGCUUCUUUGAUGCCCACGUGGAGUUCACCGCUGGCUGGGCCGAGCCGGUUCUCUCGCGGAUACAGGAGAACCGGAAGCGGGUGAUCCUCCCCUCCAUCGACAACAUCAAACAGGACACCUUUGAGGUGCAGCGGUAUGAGAACUCGGCCCACGGGUACAGCUGGGAGCUGUGGUGCAUGUACAUCAGCCCCCCGAAAGACUGGUGGGACGCCGGAGACCCUUCCCUUCCCAUCAGAACACCAGCCAUGAUUGGCUGCUCGUUUGUGGUCAACAGGAAGUUCUUUGGUGAAAUUGGUCUUCUGGACCCUGGGAUGGAUGUGUACGGAGGAGAAAAUAUCGAACUUGGAAUCAAGGUGUGGCUGUGCGGGGGCAGCAUGGAGGUCCUGCCUUGCUCACGGGUGGCCCACAUCGAGCGGAAGAAGAAGCCAUACAACAGCAACAUCGGCUUCUACACCAAGAGGAAUGCUCUCCGGGUUGCCGAGGUCUGGAUGGACGAUUACAAGUCUCACGUGUACAUAGCGUGGAAUCUGCCACUGGAGAAUCCAGGAAUUGACAUAGGCGAUGUCUCAGAAAGAAAAGCCUUGAGGAAGAGUUUAAAGUGUAAGAAUUUCCAGUGGUACCUGGACCACGUCUACCCAGAAAUGAGAAGAUACAAUAACACCAUUGCCUACGGGGAGCUUCGCAACAGCAAGGCAAAAGACGUCUGCUUGGACCAGGGGCCGCUGGAGAACCACACAGCAAUACUGUACCCGUGCCAUGGCUGGGGACCCCAGCUGGCCCGCUACACCAAGGAGGGCUUCCUGCACCUGGGAGCCCUGGGGACCACCACGCUCCUCCCUGACACCCGCUGCCUGGUGGACAACUCCAGGAGUCGUCUGCCCCAGCUCCUGGACUGUGACAAGGUCAAGGGCAGCCUGUACAAGCGCUGGAACUUCAUCCAGGAGAGAUUACCUCGGAGCUUCCUGGAGUCAAAACAAGCAACCAGCCAUGGUUACCGAAAGGCAGAGCUGCAAGAUCUUCCAGAAAUCACAGAGGACGCUCAAGUUAACGAGCAAAACCACAUGAGUUCAACUUGACUUCAACCUUUGCAUUUCCUGGAAAUAAUUUAUGAAAACCCAGGUUUGGCAAUGAAUCUGUUAAAUAAUAGAGCUAAGGUCAAGAUUAGCAAUGUGUGUGGCCGGCUGGUGGGGUGGCGGCUCAGAGUUUGAUUGACCAACUGCUUAGGUGUCUACAUUGGCAAAGGGCUUACGGGAGUCCGUGCCAGCUGUUCAUUUGAGCUGAAUAGAGCAAAGCUCUGGGUAUGACGUUCUGAUCCCACAACCACCACCUCUGCCUGUUUAGACCCUAGGAAAUCCCUACAGAGUCUCUCCCCCAAUUUUUUGGGAAGUCGGUGGCUGCAAAGUAAACAAUGACAAAGUCAGCAGCGGGGUUUCUUGCCAUGUGGGCAACUGAGGCGCCAUGCUCUGUCUCCAAGGCACCAGCCUGUUUACUGGCUCAGAGAUGACUUUGAUUUUAUUCCCACCUUCCAGCCUGCCACUCACAUGAAACUCUCUCAUUUUCCCAGUUCCUGAAGAGCCAGGCUGAUGCUGGGUCUACAUGAUACCAAAGAGCUGAAAUUGAGCAAUUGCCUUGACACUGGGCAUGGGUACAACCCAAGGUUUGAAUGGUGUAAACCACCCAAGACAGACUGCAGUUUUCUCUCUUGCCACAAGAUGGAGAAGGAAGGAAGAAACGGGUGGAAAAGAUUUGAAAACAAACUUUUCUAGUGGGGUGCAUUUCUCUCUAGCUUAUAAAGGGACAGACAAAACAAAUGGCCACUUGUUUUUUUUGCAGCAAAAGUGAUAUGGCCCAGAUCUCUCUAUCUAAUAUCAAUCGGAUGCCCUAAACGUAUCUCCAAUUAAUCAUUAUAAAUUAAAUUCCAUGUCUCCCCCACCCCUUCUUAAACCAGAAACCCACGUCAUCCUUGAGCCAUUCUUUUCCAACAAGCCACAUGUCAAACCAGUCACCAGGUCCUACUCUCUUUCUUCAAUCUCUCUAGGCACUGCCCUCUUUUCUCCACCCCCGUUCUCCCCGAGUUUAAGUCACCAUCAUGUCUCCUCUGGAUUAACACAAAGUCUUCACAACUGGUCUCUCAGCCAAAUACGCUGUGCCUGUGGGCCUUUGCACGUGCUGACCCCUCUGCCUAUAAUGCACUGUCCCCCUGUGCUCUGCUAACUUCUUUGUUCUACCCCUCCAAGAAUCCCCCUACCAAAAAAAAAAAAUAGGGAUAGGAAUGAUCAAUUGCAGGAAGGUGGUCACAUCAGAAGAGGGAGGGAAAGGAAAAAAUGAUAGAAUUGGGCUGCAACAUUGGCCAUAUCUCUAAGGUUUUAUUUCUUAAAGGAGAACGAGAAGUCUCAGUCAAAACAUUCACAUCUGUUAAAUGUGAGUGAUGAGUAUACUCGUCUGUAUUAUUUUAUGUGUGUUUGAAAUAUUUCAUAAUUAAAAACAAUUUAAAGUUUUAAAAUGAGCAGUGCUCCUUCCUUUGUAUCACUAUGAUCUUCUGUAGUGAAUUCUUCCCUAGGGCUUCUGACCCUGGGCUGUAAUGGCAGGCUUGCUUGUCCGUCCUUUCUGCUAGACUAGAAACUCCUGGUGUUUUGUUUCUCUUUGCAUCCUAUUGGUACCUGGUAGACAUUUGUUAGUUUCUCAGAUGAGUCUCUAAGCUAUUAGCCAUAUAGUGAAGGCUGGUGCUCCAUGGUGGGGUUGGCAGUCGACAGGUGUGAUGGAGACCUGCAGAGAUGAGAGAGUUGUGUAGAGCAGUUGACAGGACUGCAUCCGUCCCAGCCCGGGAGGGUGGUGUGUUGAGGCUUGAAGACCUUAAGGUCCCAGCAUCAAACCAAGCCAAGGGGAUUGAUGCUGUGGCUUUUAGGAAAGGCGAUGGGCUUGUUUUCCCGUCAGAAGAGAACCCAGCUCUGUGGCACCAAAGGCCAGCUGGGAGCGCCCUUAAGAAGAAACCGAAGGGGCUGAACUUGGUUCUUCAAAGGGGACAAAGAAUUCCUGGAUCGACUGGAGGAACUAAAACAGAACAAAUAAAGCUGUAAAGACAGGGCAUACCUGAUUUUGACAAAGGUAUGGGAACCAGGGUCAUGAGGACAGGAGAUGGAGGAAUGUGGCAGAGAGAAAGAGGGCCCAGGAGCAAAUUCUGAGCCACCAGAGUAUUUGGGUAUCUGAGCAAGAUGAGCUAAUCUGGGGUGUUAUUUAUCCCUUUAGCAAAUAUCUAUUGAGCACCUACUAAGUGAUCAGUGCAGUGCUAGGUGCUGGGAAUACAAAGGUGAGCAAAAUAAGCUGUCUUGUGGCUAAAUAAGCUUAUUUUAGUGACAUGGCUGAGGUCAUUUGUCCAUCCAGGGUCACAGAUAAACUGGAGUCUGUGCAUAGCCUGUUCCCGCCCUGUACAACACAACCCCAUUUCCUCCCUAACGAUGGCCCUGCAGACACCUCCAGGGCCUCCCAACCCCCAAAUUCUCUUUUCCAGACUGGACACGUCAUUCUUAGAGGAAAAGGCUGGUGGAGGGAUGGGGGGAUGGCCCUGGAGUGACACUGACCAAGAAGAAAGCAUUCUACGCGGUUCCUGGACCACAGAGGCUCAAACCCAGGAGGAUUAGGCUGGGUCCUCUUUAUUCUGAAAGGCUGGGGAGAGCCGAGGCUGAAGGAGGUCCCCUAGCAGAGACCCUGGGAGCAGGGUACCCACUCCUGGCUGCAUUGCUUCUGAGAUUCAGGACUUUCUGCCUGAGGCAACCAGGAGAAGCCAGGACCGUGCCAGCCGCCCCAGAUCACCAUCUGAGGCUGCCAGACACACAGGAGGCUCAGUGCCAUCCCCAGGCCUCCACCUCUGGCUUCUUUUCCUCUUUCAGAGCUACAUGUGUGCUCAUUUUUUGUAACAGCUUUAUCGAGAUGUAAUUCACACACCAGACAAUUCACUCCUUCUUUGCGCUCAGUUUUAUUUUGCUCUCAUCCAGAUGAAUCUUAGGGAAAAGUGGGAGGGUGUCACUCAACCUGCAUACUCCACUCCCACCCCCUGGCUUCCUAGGGACAGCCUGGCAGCCAUGGCUUUGACAUUGGAAAGGCAUCAAGAGCCUCUAGUCUAUAAGCCGGCGGCACCUCCCUGGGAGGGAGAGCAGAGGUCUCUGCAGCCCACAUGGGUCUCUGCUGCUGUGCUCAGGGGGAUAUGGGCCACAACUGCAGGUGACAACCUGGGGGCCACGCCCAGGAAAUACCUUCUGAGACUCAGGCGCUGGGAGCAUUACUGCAGGGCCGUCAAGGAACUGGUUCCUGAUCCUGGCUUGCUGUGUCCGGCUGCUGAGCUGACUCAAGUUCACACCUCCGUUCCGAAUAUCCCUGGAGGAUUCCUCAAAUGACCCUCACCGGCAACCCUUUCCCCUGUGGUUCUGAUCCCAUAGGUCUACAGUGAGAGGCCCAGGCAUCUCGACAUUUAUAAAGCACCCAGUGAUUCUGAUAAUUAUGUAUUGAUUCAGCUGUCCAUCAUUGUGAAAAACAGGUUCUCAAACUUGAGGGACCAUCACCCUCCAAACUACCUGCGGGACCUGUUGUCUGUUUCACCUCCACAAUCUCCGAUUCCGUAGGCUGGGGUGUAGCCCGAGAAUCUGCAUUUCUAACAAGCUCCCAGGUUCUAGCUGAGGGACCGCACUUUGAGGACCAUUGUGCUAAGGAGGACUGACCUGCUUCUCCGGAAAUCAUCCAAAUCCGAAAGAGCAGGAACUCCCUGCCCUGGUGCUUCACCCUGAUUACCGUCACCUGGAGAGUGAGCAGCCCUGAUACCCAGGCUGCAGCCCAGAGCACUGGAAUCGGGGUAUCGGGGGUCAGCACCAAGACUUGGGAUUUUUUUAAAGCUCCCCAGGCAAUUCCCAUGUGCAACCAGGGUUGGGAACCACUGCCCUGUUUAAAGCUUGGCUAACUUCCGACUAUCUUGAGAGCGUAGAAGAAAGGGGAGAGGGUGGGGGACACAAGUUAUGAGAGCCAGAGUGGGGCAAUGAGCCCCAAAGGGUCUACCAGCGUGUCACCUUAGCACAGCCCUGAAGCAUCUCUGCCAGGAGACAUUGGCAUCUUUACUUCCUCAUCCGAGGAAAUUCAGAAGUGAGAGCCAGGGCCUUGCCAGCUCUGAGCACAGCUGCAGAACUGAUUGCUGAAGACGUCCCAAGCCAGAAGAGCCUUCUGACCGUACACUGGCCUGUGCUUAGGGGCUGGAGCUUGGGUCCAAGUAUGACACCCGAGGACCUGGGGGUGAUUAGCAGCAGUGGCUGGAGCACAGGUGCAUUCUCCCUUGACUCAUCACCCAGUGACUGAAGUCCAAGUGUUCCGGGUUGAAAUAGAACCAGGGAGUGGAGAUCGGCCUGGGAACAUGGCCUCAGGUCCUCCGUCAGCCCAGUCGCCCAUCCUUUGCUGCUCAAGGCCAGGCAACCUGCUACAGGUAGACCUUCCAGAGUCCGCAGGAGAAGCGAUGGGCCCGGCUUUCUAACUGUGCACAUGGCCGGACCACAGACAUAUAUUUAUCUGAAAGAAAAGCCUUUGAAAUUCACUCACCAAAAGUAUGGAAAAAUCCCAGUAGAAUUCAAAGAUACGUUCACCUUUUAAGGGAGAGCUUUGUUUUCCCUUGGAUGUUACCCAUGAGCCUUCAGGCUUCGUCAUCUCUGUGGUCAGGGUCAGACCUGAGUUCUGUUCUCAGUCCCCUGUUGGGUAUUUUGUCCUGCAGAACACCCCCUGCUGGGGUAAGGACUCAGGAGAAUGAAUAUUCAUGACUAACUGUUCCUGUAUAAUAAAAAAGUUCUUAAAACCCAGAUCAGAGAGGAUAAAAUCCAAGUUAUUAUCUCACUGGAAUUUGCCAGACUCCCCCUUUAACAAGGGGAAAGAAAGAAAAAAAAAAACCAACCAAGUGCUUUAUGCCUAGAACACUCUAUUUUUAGAAUUUUUAAACAAAAACAAACACAUAGUGAUUUUACCUCAUAAGUUUCUGAAGAAGGUGUAUAAAAUGCAGCACUUAGAACUGAGGACCCUGAGAGAUUCUGGGAGAUUCUACCCACAGGAAACUCAGAUUUUUGACUUUAGCACAAGACAUUUGGGGAAACAUGUGAUAACAUUUUUGGAAAGGAAAGAAAAUAUGAGAUGCCCUCAUGAGGCUUAGAGACAGAAGGCCAGUGUUAUGGUCCAGAUCCAGGCAGGAUCCCUGGUAGUGCUUUUAAGCAAGUCACUUGACUUUUUGGUGCCUUUUGUUUCCUUAUAUAAAUAUAUUCUAAGGGAAUGGGUGUUUUUUUCCUAUGCCCAGGAAGCUCAAAUAACAUUAAAAAUUCCAAAUGCUUAAGUGAAAGCUAAGCAGUACCUGAAUGCUAAUGUUGGGAAGGGUUUGGCAAAUGGAAUACCGAAAGGAUGACACCAUUAGCUUGGGUGUCUGCAAAGUUUUCUUAAUUAGACUGUCUGCUCCCCAGCCAGAAGCUGGUUCAUAUUUCUCACCAUAUGUUCCAUAGUCGGCUUACUUCCCCUGAUGUCAAUCAUUCCCCUCCAAAGCCCCACCAAAGAUCCCCGGCUGCUUUCUCACUGGCUGCUUCUUGGAAGGGGGUGAUGUUGCUGGACGGUCCAUCAAACAGAUCUGGUUGCCCUUCAGGGUCACGGAAAUGAAUUUCACAACCCUUUUGCAAAUCACAGCCCCAGAUAACGAGCUGAAUCUCUCAUCAAAAGAAAAAAAAACUUUUAUUUUUUUCUAUUGCAUAAAUAAUGGUAAAUUAGACUCUUUUUUAUACAGAUUAUAUAUUUACAGACAAGUUUGGUUAGAGAAAAACAUCUGGUAAAUAUGGCAGUCAGUUUUCCUUUAUACACUAAGAUAACAUAUUAAUAAUAUGUACUUCAUGGGAUCAGUAAGUUGCAUGCCAAGUUAAUUUAUAUUAAUAUUUACAUUUUAUAUAAAGAUUUUCUUUUGACUAAUCUGCUGACUCGCUCAUCAUUUAAUAGCAGAAAUCAUCAACGAAUACUGAAUGAAAAAAAAAAAAAAGGAACGUGAAUGAGGUAAAUGGGAAGAUUGUGACCCAGGAUUUCAGUCUUAGUGGCCCAUUCUGGAUAUGAGACCUGCCAAGCUCCAGGCAUCCUGGCUAUAAUAGUCGUCAGCUGUGCUCUGAUUUGCAUCUAGCCAUUUACCACCAUGGUUUGAGAAAAAACUCCCGUCUCAAGUCUAAUGACAGCUAGGAUCACAACGACCCCUACCCCCAGCAGAUGACAGCUUGCCAACCCAUUCCCUGGCCAGAGUUUUGGGGCUGAUUUUCCUCCAAGGGCAUUGUCUUUGGUUAGCACUUGGAGAAAUAGCUUCUUCCUGGAUUCAGAGUUGGGGAAGAAAAAUCAAACCCCACUAAGAAGCCAUUUAAAGACUCCUGAAGCCUGAUUUCCAGGUUAGAAAGAAAGAACAUUCUUUGAUUUGCCUUGGAGAGAGCUGAGAGAUAGUGACUUGUGUAAAUUUCCACCAGGAGCUGAGAGGGCCCUUUCCUUGGCCCAUCUAGGUCUUUCCAGGGAAGAGCAGCAGGGCUUGCUAGAAAAACAAUGACUGCCUCCAUUUACUUUGGGAAGAG